UCCUCCUCCCCCCUCCUUCUCCUCUGCGGUGCUUUUAGAGGAGCAUCGUGGAUAGAGUCCUAUCUCUCUGAGGCGAUCUGCCACACCGAGGAAGGCCCAUAAAUGAGGGAGCAAACCCAGCAGUAAGAAUAAAAAUAAAAUAAAAACGGAAAAGCUCCCUCAGAACGGGAAGGUGGCGAGCAGAGACCGAGAGGAUAGAUACAUAAACCCGCUGCUGCGUUGACAAGGAGGAUAGACCAUCCUCUAGCGCCGCAAAGAUGGGGAACCGGGGAAUGGAGGACCUGAUUCCUCUGGUGAACCGCAUGCAGGAUGCCUUCUCGGCCAUCGGGCAGAACGCGGACCUGGACCUGCCGCAGAUCGCCGUGGUCGGCGGCCAGAGCGCGGGGAAGAGCUCGGUUCUGGAGAACUUCGUCGGGAGGGAUUUUCUUCCUCGUGGUUCCGGCAUCGUGACCCGUCGUCCUUUGGUUCUGCAGCUGGUGAACAGCCCUACAGAACAUGCAGAGUUCCUCCACUGUAAGGGCAAGAAAUUCACAGAUUUUGAUGAAGUGCGACAGGAGAUCGAGGCAGAGACUGACCGCAUCACUGGAGCCAAUAAGGGCAUCUCCCCUGUGCCCAUCAACCUGCGCGUCUACUCGCCUAAUGUGCUGAACCUGACGCUGGUGGACCUGCCGGGAAUGACCAAGGUGCCGGUGGGAGACCAGCCUGCAGACAUCGAGUCUCAGAUCAGAGAAAUGCUCAUGCAGUUUGUCACCAAGGAGAACUGCCUCAUGCUGGCCGUGUCCCCGGCCAACUCCGAUCUGGCCAACUCUGACGCUUUAAAGAUUGCCAAAGAGGUCGACCCUCAGGGUAUGAGGACCAUAGGGGUGAUCACCAAGCUUGACCUGAUGGACGAGGGGACAGAUGCUAAAGACAUCCUGGAGAACAAGCUGCUUCCCCUGCGGAGGGGUUACAUCGGUGUGGUUAACAGAAGCCAGAAGGACAUCGAUGGAAGGAAGGACAUUAAUGCUGCUAUUGCUGCAGAGAGGAAGUUCUUCCUCACCCACCCUGCUUACAGACACCUGGCUGAACGCAUGGGCACGCCCUACCUCCAGAAAGUCCUCAAUCAGCAAUUGACCAACCACAUCCGAGACACCCUGCCGGGCCUCCGGGCGAAGCUGCAGAGUCAGCUCCUCUCCAUAGAGAAGGAGGUCGACGAGUACAAGAACUUCAGACCCGACGAUCCAUCCCGCAAAACGAAGGCUCUCCUCCAGAUGGUGCAGCAGUUUUCCGUGGACUUUGAGAAGUGCAUCGAGGGCUCGGGAGACCAGAUCGACACGGCCGAGCUGUCGGGUGGCGCGAGGAUCAAUCGCAUCUUUCAUGAACGCUUUCCCUUCGAGCUGGUCAAGAUGGAGUUUGAUGAGAAAGAACUCCGCAAGGAAAUCAGCUACGCAAUCAAGAACAUUCAUGGAAUCAGGACGGGGCUAUUCACCCCUGAUCUGGCCUUUGAGGCCAUAGUGAAAAAGCAGAUCCAAAAGCUGAAGGAGCCCACACUGAAGUGUAUAGAUAUGGUGGUGAGCGAACUCACCUCGACCAUUCAGAAGUGUAGUCAAAAGCUGGCUCAGUAUCCCAUGCUGAGAGAAGAGAUGGAGAGAAUCGUCACUCACCACAUCAGAGACAGAGAAAACCGUACUAAGGACCAGGUGCUGUUGCUGAUUGAUAUCGAAUUGUCCUACAUGAACACCAACCACGAGGACUUCAUUGGAUUCGCAAAUGCUCAGCAGAGGAUCAACCAAAUGAACAAGAAGAAGACGGCUGGAAAUCAGGAUGAAAUUAUGCCGGAGAGAGGAGUUAACGAUCGGUUCAAGGUGAUCAGGAAGGGCUGGCUGACCAUCAACAACAUCGGCAUCAUGAAGGGAGGAGCCAAGGAGUACUGGUUCGUCCUCACCGCGGAGUCCCUGUCCUGGUACAAGGAUGACGAGGAGAAGGAGAAGAAGUACAUGCUUCCCGUGGACAACCUGAAGCUGCGGGAUGUGGAGAAGGGCUUCAUGUCCAGCAAGCACAUUUUUGCCCUCUUCAACACCGAACAGAGAAACGUGUAUAAGGACUACCGUCAGCUGGAGCUGGCCUGUGAGAGCCAGGAAGAUCUCGAUGCGUGGAAGGCCUCCUUCCUCAGAGCUGGAGUUUAUCCUGAACGCGUCACCGAGAAGGAAGGAAAGAGCGACGGCGGCGAUGAAAACGGCUCGGAUAACUUCAUGCACAGCAUGGACCCUCAGCUGGAGAGGCAGGUGGAGACAAUUCGCAACCUGGUCGACUCCUACAUGGCCAUCGUCAACAAGACCGUGCGUGACCUGAUACCGAAGACGGUCAUGCAUCUCAUGAUUAACAACACAAAAGAGUUCAUUAACGCAGAGCUGCUGGCCCAGCUCUACUCGUGCGGCGACCAGAAUACUCUGAUGGAGGAGUCCCAGGAGCAGGCGCAGCGGCGUGACGAGAUGCUCAAGAUGUACCACGCCCUGCGGGAGGCGCUGCACAUCAUCGGCGACAUCAGCACCACGACCGUCAGCACCUCCAUGCCGCCGCCCGUAGACGACUCGUGGCUGCAGGUCCAGCGGAGCGGCUCGGGAGGAAGAUCUCCAGCAACCAGUCCAACUCCAAAUCGCAGGGCUCCACCAGGUCCACCAACUCGUCCAGGCUCCCGUGGACCCCCACCCGGGCCCCCUCCUGCCGGGGGACCCCCACUACCGUCUCGUCCCGGAGCAUCUCCAGAUCCUCACGGCGGGCCUCCCCCCACUGUGCCCUCCCGGCCUAACCGUGCGCCCCCAAGUGUGCCGAGUCGGAGACCCCCACCUUCUCCAACACACUAGGCCUCAGAGAUCCUUCCUCCCUCCUUCAUUUGUCGUAUCCUCCCCCCCCAUCCGAGGCGCUACGGACAGCAGCGCCGCCUUCCUGUCAUCGGCCGCCUCGCCUGACCCUCCCGUUCCUGCCUCUGCGCCAACCCCCGCCCCGCCCUGCCCCGCCCUGCCCCGCCCUGCCCCGCCCUGUUUUCACGCAGGGAGGCGGAAUACUUGAACGCAUGACCUGCAUCCAGUUGAACCGUAGAAGCCACGGGACGCAUCCUAUUAGACGAAUGAGUCGAUGCUUUGCGUAUCCAAGCCAGUUCAGAAGCAGAAUGUUUCCCCUCUUCUUGUAUCUAGACGGGUUAGCAUUUGCAAAUUUAGCAUGAAGCCAUCUCCUCAGUUUCGACAUGUGUUUCUUUUACAUGUCGUGGGAUUCGCUCACUCCGUCCUUUUAAAGAAACGCUUCGCCUUGAAAAAGUGUUUUUAAGUGUCAAAACAGGACAGCAGGAAAUAGGUACCGGGUGAUAUUAGAUUUUGAGCUGUUUCGCACAAACGUCGUGUCAGCAGCCUGACGCGUGGUUUGACACUGCGAGAACUUUACACCAUCUCUGUGUUUUUGUGAAGAAAUGUGAAAAACACGUUUUUUUUUUCCUUUCUCUUUUUGACGUCAUGAAGGCUCGGCGGUUGAGGUGUUUCUUUAAGAGAGGCGAUGCAAGCUGACAUCUGGCGAGAAUUCCUCACUUUGUUUGUUGUGUUCAGAUUUCGACUUGUAAUCACGCUGCAAAACGAAAGGCGAGCAAGGACCCAAUCUCCUUUAGUUAUCAGUUCUCCUGUGAUGAUCUCCUCUAUGGAUGAUGGGGUUUCUCCUUAUUUUUUAUGUUCCUUGAACGGUUGGUCAGUCGAGGGCGGGGCAUCCCGUCCAGGCCUCCGUUCCACUCUUUAACAACUUUAAAUGAAGCUUUUUCUUCUUUUCUCUCUCUUUAAUUUUUUUAAGCUAAUCCGCGUUUUUUCCACCACACAAAAACUGUAAAGCGGACAGCGCCAGCCGGUCAGCACUUUUUUUUUACUCGGGUGAGGAAGAAGUGGAUGACCUCCGGGUCCUUCGGCUCCAAAAAAAAACCCGGACGGACAAAAAGGCUUCUUCGUCUUUGCCUCUCGUCCUCUCACCUCUCCUGCUUUCUGCUGUAGAACAGAAGUCAGAUCUACCGGAUGUGGCCGUGGCAGCCUUCAGAAAGGCUCACUGUCACAGACUGCUGCGCUUUCAGACAACCUAUGCAAAAAAAAAAUGAAACGUGGUUUGUGUAUAACAAAAGAGGCCUCUAGCGUAUCGUUUUUUCCCCUUUUUGUUCCUCUCAUCAACACCUUAUACCUGUUGCUUAAUUUUCCAGAGGUGGGUGACGUGCAUCUUUUGUCACAAUGCAGUCUCAGACGUCAGUGUAUUUUUAUUGGACCUCUAUGAGAUGGACCAAUGCAAUAUUAUUCAGAGGGAGUUAAAAAAAAAAAAAAAAAAGCAUCCCCACAGCAUGAUGCUGCCACCGCCAUGUUUCAUGGUGGGGGAUGACGCGUUCAGGGUGAUGUGCUGUGUGAGUUUUCCACCUGAUGUAGCGUUUUUGUUGCAGAUCAAAUGCCCCAUCUGAGCAGAAGCCCUUCUUGCACAUGUUCGCUGUGUCCCCGACAUGAAAACCAGCAACCCUGGUUCUCAGGGCCCGCUGCGGCGCACGUUUCAGGUGUUUCCCUUUUAAAAAGUCACCUCCAGUUCUCCCCCUGCGAGCGUUUCGCCCCAAAGUCCCCCUCAGUUUCUUGGUUAUUUCCCCGAAUAGUGCUCUCAUCAUCAGAAAGCCACGGAGUUUUGGAGACGUUUCACGCAGCGUCAGGUUACACAGGAUUUUCAUUCAUUCAGGAGUGUCAGAUUAAAGAGUGUCAACGCCGCGCUCCAAUUUUAAUUCAUUAAAAAAAAAAAAAACAUUUUUGUUUCCCUUCCCUCCUCGUUUAAAUUAAAUUUUGUGCUGUUUUUUUUUUAUUUUUUUAUUGGUCUAUCAAACAAAAAUCCCACCAAAGCAAACUGAAAGUUGUGAUUGCAUUGCGACGCGUGGAAAAAGUUCAAGAGGUCUGAAUACUUUUUCCAAAGCACGCGUCCAAUGUUUAAAUAAAAAAAAAGAAAAAGAAAAGGGAAAUACAUUAUUUUGUUCAAGUUGACGAUCUGCCAUUUCUUCUUUUCCUCCUCUCUUCUGCUCUACUUCCUCUCAGUGGUCACGGGGGUGAGUGAGAACAUGAACAGUCCCAGUCUAUGCAUUAAAGUACCACUCCUUGUGUUGAGCCGUCACAUUGCUGAGCAGAAGCCACCCUUUCACCCCUUGUUCUGCGGUCUGUGUUGCGUAUUGUAUUUUGACCCCAAACACAACGGCCCACUAGCCUUACACACGGCAAAGAAACGUCCUCAUCUGUACCCCUUGUUCAUUACUUGAAUCAUGACAACACUCGACCUUUUUUUGUUCCUCCUCAAUCUCCGCAUCCGCAGAGCAAACACGACAAAUCAUAUCUUAUUUAACAGCGAUUAGUUUCUCAUGGACUGAUCUUAAUGUUAUGUGUACAUGUGGUGCAUCUUAUCAGACAUAUGCUACUUUUCUGUUUAGAUGAUUUAGUCUGCAAUGUAUGAAACAUCUGAAUAUUUAAACUAUGAGCAAAUGAAAUACUCGAAAAACCAUUAAAUAAAAAUACAGAAAAUGUGCU